GUGUAUGUGUGUGUGUGUGUGUGUGUUUGUGUGUGUGUGUGUGUGUGUGUGUGUGUGUGUGUCUCAUUUUCAAAUCUCUCAUUUCUUAUUACUACUGUAUGUGGAAAUUAUGUAGAAUAUAAAUUAUUGUAGGGUUUUGUCUCAGAACACUUGUAGUGUAUAGCUGGGAAAAAUCUUUUCAUCUGUGCUGAGAUGUUUGUUUGUUUUUGAAUCAGCCUUUUGUCAAUCAUUUUAUAGUCACGCCCCUAACACCCCUAAACAUCCCGAGAAAUUAUUAUGGGGAAACGUUUGCUGCAACUUGGCUUUCAAGCAGUUAACUAUGCACUUAAAUGUGACGUCAUGACGGUCCUUGCUAAUGGUUAGCAUGCAAGUCUAGUGAAAGUCUGGUCUAGCACGCAAGUUUUAGGGCCAGAGCUUUGGGGUGAAAUGAGGACAGGAUCAAUGAGUAAAGAAAUCAUAAAUCCUUCAGACAACGUGCAACUCUGCCAUUUAACAGCUAGACCCAUGGCCAAAAUCUCACCUAUUGCACGUUUCAAAUCAAAAUAGUGAAAUCCUACAGUGAAACUUGUAAACUGUUUUAUUCAUGUAAUUAUAUAGUCUUACCUCAUAGAUCUCUUAGAAUUAUCACCUUACAGUAUAAAAUAAAAAUUUAUGUACCUAUGUCGGUGAAUGUGUCAAGUAAUCUGUUAAUGAAACACUAUAGUUGUUUGUGCAUCAUUAGAAGGGUUAGUUUACACUAAUGUCCAAGGAUUAAAUUAAUGCCUUCAGUGUGAAACUCACUUUUACUGACUUCCACAACAUCUAUAAUUCAAAACUGAUCACUACUACUGUGUUUCGUUUGGGUUCGAAGCUAUCUUGUUCGUGCUCCUCACAUAAUCUCUGCUAAUCCAGAAUAUGAAGGGAUGGCUGUAGGCACAGUUUUAGGGAAGACUUGUGGGGGUGUGUGGGUAGGCACAACUGUAGUUAGUGAUGGUUGUAGUGACAGCUGUAGUGAUGCUUGUAGUGACAUCGGUAGUGAUGCUUGUAGUGACAUCGGUAGUGAUGGUCGUAGUGACAUCGGUAGUGAUGGUUGUAGUGACAGCUGUAGUGAUGGUUGUAGUGACAGCUGUAGUGAUGGUUGUAGUGACAGCUGUAGUGAUGCUUGUAGUGACAUCGGUAGUGAUGGUCGUAGUGACAUCUGUAGUGAUGGUUGUAGUGACGUCUGUAGUGAUGGUUGUAGUGACAGCUGUAGUGAUGGUUGUAGUGACAGCUGUAGUGAUGGUUGUAGUGACAGCUGUAGUGAUGGUUGUAGUGACAGCUGUAGUGAUGGUUGUAGUGAUGAUUGUAGUGACAUCGGUAGUGAUGGUCGUAGUGACGUCUGUAGUGAUGCUUGUAGUUACGGCUGUAGUGAUGGUUGUAGUGACAGUUGUAGUGAUGCUUGUAGUGAAAGCUGUAGUGAUAGAUGUAGUGAUGUCUGUAGUGAUGGUCGUAGUGACAUCGGUAGUGAUGGUUGUAGUGACAUCUGUAGUGAUGGUUGUAGUGACAGCUGUAGUGAUGGUUGUAGUGACAGCUGUAGUGAUGGUUGUAGUGAUGAUUGUAGUGACAUCGGUAGUGAUGGUUGUAGUGACGUCUGUAGUGAUGCUUGUAGUUACGGCUGUAGUGAUGGUUGUAGUGACAGUUGUAGUGAUGCUUGUAGUGAAAGCUGUAGUGAUGGAUGUAGUGACGUCUGUAGUGAUGGUUGUAGUGACGUCUGUAAUAUUGGUUGUAGUGACAGCUGUAGUGAUGCUUGUAGUGACGUCUUUAGUGAUGGUUGUAGUGACGUCUGUAGUGACGCUUGUAGUGACAUCUGUAAUAUUGAUUGUAGUGACAGCUGUAGUGAUAGUUGUAGUGACAGCUGUAGUGAUGGUUGUAGUGACAGCUGUAGUGAUGGUUGUAGUGAUGAUUGUAGUGACAUCGGUAGUGAUGGUCGUAGUGACGUCUGUAGUGAUGCUUGUAGUUACGGCUGUAGUGAUGGUUUUAGUGACAGUUGUAGUGAUGCUUGUAGUGAAAGCUGUAGUGACGUCUGUAGUGAUGGUUGUAGUGACGUCUGUAAUAUUGGUUGUAGUGACAGCUGUAGUGAUGCUUGUAGUGACGUCUUUAGUGAUGGUUGUAGUGACGUCUGUAGUGACGCUUGUAGUGACAUCUGUAAUAUUGAUUGUAGUGACAGCUGUAGUGAUGGUUGUAGUGACAGCUGUAGUUAUAGUUGUAGUGACAGCUGUAGUGAUAGUUGUAGUGACAGCUGUAGUGAUGGUUGUAGUGACAGCUGUAGUGAUGGAUGUAGUAACGUCUGUAGGUAUAGUUGUAGUGAUGUCUGUAGGUAUAGUUGUAGUGAUGUCUGUAGGUAUAGUUGUAGUGAUGUCUGUAGGUAUAGUUGUAGUGACGUCUGUAGGUAUAGUUGUAGUGACGUCUGUAGGUAUAGUUGUAGUGACGUCUGUAGGUAUAGUUGUAGUGACGUCUGUAGGUAUAGUUAUAUUGACGUCUGUAGGUAUAGUUGUAGUGACGUCUUUAGGUAUAGUUGUAGUGACGUAUGUAGGUAUAGUUGUAGUGAUGUCUGUAGGUAUAGUUGUAGUGACGUCUGUAGGUAUAGUUGUAGUGACGUCUUUAGGUAUAGUUGUAGUGACAUCUGUAGGUAUAGUUGUAGUGAUGUCUGUAGGUAUAGUUGUAGUGACGUCUGUAGGUAUAGUUGUAGUGACGUCUUUAGGUAUAGUUGUAGUGACGUCUGUAAGUAUAGUUGUAGUGACGUCUGUAGGUAUAGUUGUAGUGACAUCUGUAGGUAUAGUUGUAGUGAUGUCUGUAGGUAUAGUUGUAGUGACGUCUGUAAGUAUAGUUGUAGUGACGUCUGUAGGAAUAGUUGUAGUGAUGUCUGUAGGUAUAGUUGUAGUGACGUCUGUAGGUAUAGUUGUAGUGACGUCUGUAGGUAUAGUUGUAGUGACGUCUGUAGGUAUAGUUGUAGUGACGUCUGUAGGUAUAGUUAUAUUGACGUCUGUAGGUAUAGUUGUAGUGACGUCUGUAGGUAUAGUUGUAGUGAUGUCUUUAGGUAUAGUUGUAGUGACGUAUGUAGGUAUAGUUGUAGUGAUGUCUGUAGGUAUAGUUGUAGUGACGUCUGUAGGUAUAGUUGUAGUGACGUCUGUAGGUAUAGUUGUAGUGACGUCUUUAGGUAUAGUUGUAGUGACAUCUGUAGGUAUAGUUGUAGUGAUGUCUGUAGGUAUAGUUGUAGUGACGUCUGUAAGUAUAGUUGUAGUGACGUCUGUAGGAAUAGUUGUAGUGACGUCUGUAGGUAUAGUUGUAGUGAUGUAUGUAGGUAUAGUUGUAGUGACGUCUGUAAGUAUAGUUGUAGUGACGUCUGUAGGAAUAGUUGUAGUGAUGUCUGUAGGUAUAGUUGUAGUGACGUCUGUAGGUAUAGUUGUAGUGACAUCUGUAGGUAUAGUUGUAGUGAUGUCUGUAGGUAUAGUUGUAGUGACGUCUGUAAGUAUAGUUGUAGUGACGUCUGUAGGAAUAGUUGUAGUGACGUCUGUAGGUAUAGUUGUAGUGACGUCUGUAGGUAUAGUUGUAGUGACGUCUGUAGGUAUAGUUGUAGUGACGUCUGUAGGUAUAGUUGUAGUGACGUAUGUAGGUAUAGUUGUAGUGAUGUAUGUAGGUAUAGUUGUAGUGACGUCUGUAGGUAUAGUUGUAGUGACGUCUGUAGGUAUAGUUGUAGUGAUGUAUGUAGGUAUAGUUGUACUGAUAGCUGUAGUAAUGGAUGUAGUGAUGUCUGUAGGUAUAGUUGUACUGAUAGCUGUAGUAAUGGAUGUAGUGAUGUCUGUAGGUAUAGUUGUAGUGACGUCUGUAGGUAUAGUUGUAGUGAUGUAUGUAGGUAUAGUUGUACUGAUAGCUGUAGUGAUGGAUGUAGUGAUGUCUGUAGGUAUAGUUGUAGUGAUGCUUUGAGUCAGUCGCAGCGGUAGAGAUGGUUGUAUGCAUGGUUGGAUUUAUAUGUGUUUACACACACAUGCACAUAUGUAGUAUGUGUAGUGACAGUAGGGAUGACUGUAGGGAAGGUUGUACUGAAAGCUGUAGUAACUGUUGACUUUACAGUGGAAGGGAUGGUUAUAAAAAUUGAAGUAGGGAUGGCUGUAAGAACAGUAGAGAUGGCUGAAAGUAGUAUCUUUAGAAAUAGUUGUUAAGUUGUAGGCUGAAGACUUGAAAGAGAGAGAGACAGACGUAGCAUUGUAUGCUGUUGCUGCAUCUGAGCGCCAUUUCCCACACUCAGCAGCUCUGUGUGUGUGUUUCUAACAGCAUCAGUCAGGGAGUGUGUGUGUGUGUGUGUGUGUGUGUGUGUGUGUGUGUGUGUGUGUGUGUGUGUGUGUGUGUGUGUGUGAGAGAGAGAGGUUGUGCAGUAUGGACACAACGUCCUGACACACAUCCCUUUGAGAUGCUGAGAGCAGCAUGCUGCAGUGUGUGUGUGUGUGUGUGUGUGUGUGUGUGUGCGUGUGCGUGAGAAGAGCUCUCACUGCAAUUUCAUCACACAGCACUCGAGAUGCUGAGAGACUAAAAUAUCACAGCGAGAGCGAGAAGAAAAAAGGAAGUGAAUAACAGAAACGUUGUUGACAGGAUUCUGAAUGCAUCGAUUUAGAUACCGAUAUACAGACUAGGAUGCUCUUAAAAGUCCGCAAUGCACUGCUUACCGUUAGCAACCAAGUGAUUUAACCUAGGUGGGACAAAAUGCCCAAAAUGCACUUAGGUUGUUAGGGAAUAAGAAGUAGGACACCUCUUCCGAGGUCGGCCAUGUACCUAGUUUUCAGUUUAAUCUUAUAAACCUACUGAAAAAGAAAAAGUUUGUGAUGAGUUUUCUCUAAACAGAAAUAUUCAGUAUGUAUAAAUAACGAAUCACGAAGAAGGGGAAAUAGAAAAAUAAACUUUGGACAAAUAAAUUAUGCAUAGAAAUAAAUAUUUGAGACA